UGCAAAAGAUUAAUACUAAUAGAAACUGUCGAAGAAAUACAGAUUCUUUCCAAAAUUGGAGGUCAGUCUUUUUGAUCAACAAUGGCAGCCAUUCCUAUAGCUAAAAACGCCGCCUUCAACCUUUCCAAGGCUUUUCCCCGGUCCAAUUAUCCUCUUCUUUACGGCAAAGUGUCCAGGGUCUGUUUCACUUCUGCAACAAAACAUUCCGAGGGUCAAUAUGCAGAACACGAUGAUAGAAGAAGAGAUCACGAUAGGGAUCUUUAUGCUGAUAAGUCUGAUGAAGAUGCCGCUGAAAUGACUAAGAGAGCAAGAGAAAGUGUGAAGGAAAGCAUGGGCAAAACCAAAGAGCGAACCCAAGAAAUGGAGGAGAAGGCCAAGGAGGCUGCUGAGAAAGCAAAGCACAGGACUGAAAGGGCAGCUGAGAAUGCCAAAGAAGGGAAAGACUGGGCAGCGGAUACAGCGCAAGAAACUAAAGAGAAGGCCAAGGAUAGAGCUUAUGAAAUGAAGGAGAAGACUGAAGACACGGCUUAUGAAAUGAAGGAGAAGACUAAGGGGGCGGCCGAAACGGUGGCCGAGAAGACGAAGGAAGGGGCGUAUAAGGUGGUGGAAACGGCCGAGACUGUUGGGGAGAAGGCUAAGCAGACUAUGAAGGAUGCUUGGGGAGCUGCAAAGGAGACUACUCAGAAGAUUAAAGAAACUGUGGUUGGCAAGGAUGAUGAUGAUGAUAAGGACCGUGUUGAAGAUUUCAUGGAAGAUCAUGUUAGGAAGCCUGCUAGAAAGCACAGGGAUAUCCCUGUCACUGAGGCACCUAAGGGAGAGCACCCUGACGGUGUGACAAUGGAUGAAGAUGUUGUGGAGCUGAGGAGGAAAGCAGGGCAGCAUGAUCAUCACGAUAAGAAACACUAGGAUUUAAUUAGAAGUUGCAUAUUUACUUCGUGUUUUUUUUUUUUUUUGAGGAUGAAUUAAUAAUUUAGUCCUGUUGUAUUAGUUUUUUGACCCUUAUGGAAUCAUCCUCCAUUUUGUGGUGUCCUUUUCUUUUCUUUUUUCCUUUUUUGGGGGGUUAACAAUUGUUGUUACAUGUUACCAUUCAAAUGCGCAAUGCGUUAAUUACAUACAAAUUUUU